UCCCGGCCUGGCGUCCUGUUUCCGCAGCCCCCGCCGCCUACCUUGCUCCGGCGGGCCGGGUGCGGCCCCAUGUACCGCGCGCUGUAUGCGUUCCGCUCGGCGGAGCCCAACGCUCUGGCGUUCGCCGCGGGCGAGACCUUCCUGGUGCUGGAGCGCAGCAGCGCGCACUGGUGGCUGGCGGCGCGGGCGCGCAGUGGCGAGACGGGCUACGUGCCGCCCGCCUACCUGCGCCGCCUGCAGGGCCUGGAGCAGGAUGUCCUCCAGGCUAUCGACCGGGCCAUUGAGGCUGUGCACAAUGCAGCCAUGCGGAAUGGUGGCAAGUACAGCCUGGAGCAGCGUGGAGUCCUCCAGAAGCUGAUCCACCACCGGAAAGAGAUCUUGUCCCGCAGAGGCCCCUCAGCCUCCAGCCCUGCAUCUAUGACCCCAUCCACCAGUGACCACUAUCUGGAUGCUGCUGCUGCCAGGCAGCCCAAUGGCGUGUGUCAAGCAGGGUUUGCGCGGCAGCACAGCCUGCCCAGUUCUGAGUAUCUUGGGGCAGAUGGAGGCCUCUACCAGAUCCCAUCACAGCCUCGCCGAGCAGCACCUGCCACGCCACCCCCACCCGUGAAGCGCCGAGACCGUGAGGCCCUGGUGGUCUCAGGGAGCGGUGGCCGCAACACCGCGCCCUCUGGGGACAAUUCUGUGUCCAGCGGCUCCUCAGUCAGCAGCACCUCCCUUGACACACUCUAUACCGGCUCCAGCUCAUCUGAGCUGGGCCCCAGUUGUUCAGCCACGCCCCCACCUGUGCCCCGCCGAAGCACCCAUACCACCAUGUCGCAAGCUCAGCCCCCUCCCUCCAAGUUGCCAGCCCCCGAGCCUCCUACAGAGGAGGUGGCAGUUGACACAACCUCAGCUCCUGAUGAGCUGGAGACCCUGGGUGCGCUGAGUCUGGGGACCACAGAGGAGAAGGCAGUGGCUGAGACUGCCGUACCCAGGACCAUCGGGGCAGAGCUGAUGGAGCUUGUGCGGAGAAACACCGGCCUGAGCCACGAGCUAUGCCGUGUGGCCAUUGGCAUCGUGGUGGGUCACAUCCAGGCCUCCGUGCCAGCCAUCUCACCUGUCAUGGAGCAGGUCCUCCUCUCGCUGGUAGAGGGCAAGGACCUGAGCACUGCCCUGCCCUCAGGGCAGGUCUGUCAUGACCAGCAGCGGUUGGAAGUGAUCUUUGCAGACCUGGCUCGGCGGAAGGACGAUGCCCAGCAGCGCAGCUGGGCACUGUAUGAGGACGAGGGUGUCAUCCGCUGCUACCUGGAGGAGCUGCUGCACAUUCUGACUGACGCAGACCCUGAAGUUUGCAAGAAAAUGUGCAAGAGAAACGAAUUCGAAUCUGUCCUGGCCUUGGUGGCCUACUACCAAAUGGAGCACCGGGUGUCACUCCGGCUACUGCUGCUCAAGUGCUUUGGCGCCAUGUGCAGCCUGGAUGCAGCCGUCAUCUCCACACUUGUGUCAUCAGUGCUGCCUGUGGAGCUGGCGCGGGACAUGCAGACAGACACGCAGGAUCACCAGAAACUCUGUUACUCCGCCCUCAUCCUGGCCAUGGUCUUCUCCAUGGGGGAGGCAGUGCCCUACGCACACUAUGAGCACCUGGGCACGCCCUUUGCCCAGUUCCUGCUGAGCAUUGUCGAGGAUGGGCUGCCCUCGGAUACCACAGAACAGCUGCCGGAUCUCUGCAUGAACCUGCUUCUGGCUCUCAACUUACACCUGCCAGCCCCUGACCAGAACGUCAUCAUGGCUGCCCUGAGCAAACAUGCCAACGUCAAGAUCUUCUCCGAGAAGCUGCUGUUGCUCCUGAACAGAGGAGACGACCCUGUGCGCAUCUUCAAACAUGAGCCUCAGCCGCCACACUCCAUCCUCAAGUUCCUGCAGGACGUGUUUGCCAGCCCUGCCACGGCUGCCAUCUUCUACCACACGGACAUGAUGGCGCUCAUCGACAUCACUGUGCGGCACAUCGCGGACCUGUCGCCUGGAGACAAGCUGCGCAUGGAGUACCUCUCCCUGAUGCAUGCUGUGAUCCGCUCCACACCCUACCUGCAGCACUGCCACCGGCUACCCGACCUGCAGGCCACACUACGACGCAUCCUGACCGAGGAGGAAGUCUCGCCCCAAUGCCAGAUGGACCGCAUGAUUGUCCGAGAGAUGUGCAAGGAAUUCCCAGUGCUCGGCACGGCCCCCAGCUAGCACCUUCCUCUCCUCUUCCCUGCAGUCCUGGGCAGGGUGCAGGGGACUUGGAGGCUUGGCCCUAAGAAUGUUUUGCACUGACUGUGUGAGGGGAAGUGGUGGUGGAAAGGACCUGAGCAGGGCCCGCACCUGAAGUAGAGGUAAUGUGAGGGGCCCAGUGCAGGUUUGGGGACCACGCGCUGGGAGCUAUGCUGGGGUAGGGGGAAUGUGUCAGCUGAAGCCCCUCCGUCUCCCAGUGGGCUGCCUCUUCAGCAUGCCUGCCUCCCAACAUACACAUGCAUACUCAGAGUCCUGCUGCUGCUCCAGGCUGGGCCAGAACCCCCAUCCCCACCCUGCCUGGUCUGUGUCCUGGGCCUCAGCAAGCCAUGUCCUUGGGGUGAGGGGGGGCGCCUUCCGUCAGCUCUGUUGUUUGCCUUAGCUUUGCAGUGAGUGCUGCUCAUGUGCUCCCCCAGCCCCACUCCCCAUGGGGGCCACUGCCCCUCACUCCCACCCCCAGGAGUCUUGGCCAGGCUGCUGCUGUGAAAGCAGAAUCUUGGAGAUAGACCAUCCAUCCCGGAGCCUCAGAAUGGGAUGGUGGCGCUGAAAAGUGACAGAAUCUAUUUUCUCUGUAAAAAUGUAGACUGAAAAGCCAUGUAUAUUGUUCUACGUGCUGCAGCUCACCUUUGGAAAUAAAUCACAGGCAUCUGGAAACAGGCUUCCCUAUAUGGUCCUGGGUGGUGGUGGGAGAGGAUGGGCAGGGGCGCUGAGGCCUCAAGACCUCAUCACUAGCUUGCCCUAACCUCUCCUGCGUGAGGAGGUGAUAGUCCCUGACAGGCCUGUCCAUCAAGGUCCCUUGAGCCCUAUUUCAGCCUCUCUUCUCUGAGUUCCCACUUCUCUUGGGCCACAGCCGAGUGCCCCAUGGUCCAUUUGCAGGUGACUUACAUCCAGGCUUCACUUACAUCUUUCUUUGCCUUGAAUGCCGUCUCUCUCUCCCCUGUUGAAACCCUAACCUUCAUUACUGUUCUCAAACGAAGCAGGUGCUGCCCCAGCCCUGGCCUCCCCAAUCGCCUAGGCCCUGCUCAGCUCUGUUUCCCUUCCUCAUUUGUCAUUGGGCCCAACAAGAUCCCCUCAUUUUGCAGCCUCAGCAGAGAUGUGGUAAUUACAGUAGAGCAAAGAGAGUAUUUCAACAAGUGUGGGGUUAGAUUUGCACUACUGUUUGAGGGGAAUUAGGGGCCAACGUUAGGCCAAAACUUCGUUUUCCUUGUGGGCUCCCAAGCUAACAAAGACUCUUGUCAUAAGUGGGAGAGGAGAGUCAGGAACCUACAGGCAGACACAAGUCAGAAGUACUUUUCAUCAGUUCCCUUCAUUUUUUACCUAAGAUGAUUUCAUCACAUGAUUCCACACAUCCAGAAUCGUUGAUACUGUGACUUCCGGUCACGACUUUUCCUUUUUCAUUGGGGUGCUGAAGGCAGAGGGCUCUUAUUCUCCCAGCAAGACUAUAAGGCAGCAAGAAGCACAGAGAGGCCAGGGCUAGUGGCGGAGUCCCCAGGAAACAGGUCCUCAGGAAGCUGAGGCAGGAACACUUGACAGAACCUGUGGAAGCGAAGCACAGGAGGCCGAUAGGGAGACAUCCUUCCUUAACUGUUGACUCUUUCAGAAGGUUAAGCACACAGGCUCAACUGGAUCUGAGGAGGGGAUGACAAAAUGGCCCCCAGUAAAGCUCUGUGUGGCACAACCUGGUCACUCCUCUUCAUCCUGGAGGCAUUCUGCCUCCCCUUUCUCAUCCAGGAUCAAUGACAUUGACUUCCAGUCACGACUCUUUUCUCAUUGUAGUGCUGAAGGCAGAGAACCAUGAGUCUCCUCCUGAGAUAGUGUAAUUCAGUGAAAAGCACAAGUCCUCAGGAAGCUGAGGCAGAACAUUUGACAGCCUCUGUGCCUUGCUCUGUCCCCUGCUAUGAUGCACAUACUGAUCUUGUGGGAAGAGCGGGGCUGUGCUGCGCGAUCUGUCCCAGUGCUGGCACCUGUGACAAAGUGUGGCCCGACGGCAAGAGGAUCAGGAGCCCCUGCUGCUUCUGCACAAUUGUGCAAGGGGCCCUUGCACUUGUUUGUAAGGGAUGCAGGAGGCCCACCUGACAAAGUUAAAUGCUGGCCCCUGGCAACAAACAGACGCUCUGCGAGGGUCCAAGACUCCAGCACCCCCUCAGCAAACACUUUGAUGAUGGUCUCACAACACAGAAUUACAACCACAAGGGAAAAUGAUGAUUAGCCAGAGAAUUCCUCAGGGAGGGGACUGUCUGUGAGAGAAGGUUUUGGCUGCUUGGAAGGAUGGGAUGUAGCUAGGCAGGGAGAGGGCAAAGAGAGAAAACUAAGCUGCUCAAAGAAAGGAGUGUGGGUGGGGUUGAAAAGAAAAAACUCAAGAAAUUUUGAGGGGCAAUGAGGGAUAGGAGUUUGGGCUGACCUCUGGACUAGAAAUAGUGCCUUUAGGUGCUGGCGCCAUGACUGUGGAAGAUGCGCUGUGGACCACAGGUUGCAACUCCAGGUUGCACAGGGCAACUCCAGGGUAAGGGGUUAAGUGAAGAUCACCUGCCUGCUCAGUCCCCAAAAGAUACAGACUGAGGCUCCAAGGAGGUGAGGACAACCUUUUCUUUUUCUCUUGUUUUUAUGGAAGAAUAACAUACUAUGAAAAGUACAGUAUGCAAAGAGUACAGCUGAAUGAAUUCCAACAGAGAAUGCUAAGAUGACCACUACCCUGGUCAAGAAAUAGAGUAUCACCAGUCUCCAAAGCCCACUUGUGCACCCUGUCUUAAUCACUGACUCCCUCUUCCUCCCCAGACCUCCUCCCUAGAGGUAAUUGCAGAUAAGUUUUGCCUUGUUAAUGUAAAUGGAAUCAUACAGUAUAAACUCUUGUUUCUGGCUGCUUCACUCACCAUUAAGUUUUUGAGAUUUGUCCAUGUCAUACUAUGUGGUUGCAAUUUGUUCGUUCCCGAUGUUGUGGGAUAUACCCUCAUUUAUCCACUGUU